AUGGAUCUGAACUGUCGUGACUCGCCCCAGGCAGCACAGCACCCUUUCAACCAAUCUUCGGCGGACCUCAUUCUGCGCACUGCCGACCUCGUUGACUUUCGCGUGCACACCCAGAUCCUCGCGCAGUCUUCGCCCUUCUUUGCCUCUAUGCUCGAAUUACCCCAGCCUGCUUCCACAGCUCAUUCCGGGAACAACACUGGCGACGCAGGGUCGGGCGUGACUCCGCCCGUCGUGCCCGUCUCCGAGGACAGCAAGACCCUCGAGCUGCUCCUACGCCUCAUAUACCCCAUCCACAAGCCCCGCGCGCAGAUGGAACAUCCACAGACGAUGGUCUCCGCACUCCUUGCCGCCACCAAGUACGAGAUGACGCUCCCCAUCGAUAUUAUGUCCGACCAGCUGGCCACGAUCGUAGCCAGGAGCCCGCUGCAGGUCUGGGCCGCCGCGUGCCGCACGGGUCUCGAAGGCGUCGCACGUCAGGCUGCGGAGGCGCUCAAGGCGUCGUGGACCGACAGCGACGCGCAUGCGCUGUCGUUCAUGGACGAGCUCGGGGACAUGCCCGGGGUUUCCGCCGCAAACUACUAUCGGCUCAGGCGCUUCCUUUCGGCGAAGGAAUCCCCCCAAGGUGAAAGUAAUUUCGCUCACUUGACCCCCGCGCGGAUCAUAAACCCGUGGAUGAUGAUUGUCCCGGACGGACCAAGCCCGGACCCGUGGACGCCAGAGCCAGUGUACACAAACCUGCCACCUACCGACGUAACCUGCCGGUCAACGUCACGAAUGGGCCAGGCGGUACUGUUCAAAGUGCACCAGGUCAUCCUAUCUACGCACUCGCCAGUGUUGAGGGCGCGCCUCGCCGAGUUUCGAGAUGCAGCAUCGUCGAAUUCCGCACCCGCGCCGGAUCCAGACUCUACGUCCGCGCCGGACUCGGGUUCCACGUCCGCUCAGGGCACCCCAAGCGUGCAAGAGGUCGUGCUGGACUUCGAUGAAGGGCCUGAGGUCGUAUCCACGUUGUUGGCGGCCUGCUACGAUAUCGAGGAACUCCGGCUCCCCCUUGUUCCCCGUCGUCUUGCAGCACUCGUGGCUGCAUCCCAAAAGUACAAGAUGGCCUUCGUCGCACCACGGAUCCGCGCGUCUUGGGACACGGCAGCCAAUUUUUAUCCGUUAAAAGCAUACUUCGUCGCGCUUGCACACGGUCUCACAGGCUGCGCCGAGGAGGCGGCGAAGAUCGUGCUGAGGACGCAAGCUGGGGACGCAUACGACCUGGUCAUGGAGGACGCACCAGCGCUCGCCUACCACCGGCUGUUGGUAUUCUACGAUUCCUGUCGCACGGUCGUCAGGGAGCGCUUGGCGGAAGCUAUCACUAGCAUACCGGAAGACGUACCAACACUCUAUCACGGCACUGUAUCAACGGAACCAAUCACAGUCCCCUUGAGGGAAGUUGCUGCCACCGUGCCUAGUGUCCCUAAAGGAGAACUGGUGAAGUCUCUUAGCGACGCUGUGGUGCGGGUGACCCUGGAAAGCACGAACCAGCAAUUGACCUAUGCUCCCUGGAGGCUUGUGCGCAAGACCCUACAAUGUAUCGUAACCACUCCUCAUGAGAUAGACAAGGCUUUAAAGGAGGUGAAGAUUAGGUUGUGUUGA